AUGGAGGCCCUGGCGCGGGACCACGGCGUGAACACGUUCCAGAUGAACAUGGCGUACAAAGACCUGAUGAUGCUGCGCGACGCCGAGCUCUACCAGAGUCUGCAAACCUGUAAAGACAUCGGCGCCAUCGCCCGGGUCCACGCCGAGAACGGAGAGCUGGCAGCAGAGGGCACAAAGGAAGCUCUGGAGCUGGGGAUCUCUGGACCUGAAGGGAUCGAGAUCAGCCGCCCAGAGGAGCUGGAGUCAGAAGCCACGCACAGAGCCAUCACCAUCGCACACAGAGCUCACUGCCCCAUCUACCUGAUCAACGUGUCCAGCACCGCGGCCGGAGACAUGAUCGCUGCUGCCAAGAUGCAAGGUACUCUACUAAAGCUGGGAUUGUAA